UCACUAAUUGCAACAGCUGUUCGCAGACACACGUUGCCGCGGCUGACGAAAUCCAUGCGAAUAGUUUUGGUGAAAUCCCCGGGUUACUCCCUGUUUACUGGAAGUUCAACGACGCCGACGAAGUACGCAUGUAUUUAGCGAGGUCCACCGGGUCGCCAAUCUAUAGAACUCUGCGAACACUCACGACGAGUACAUCGAUGGCGGCCACAAUUGCCUCCGCCAAGGAUCCGCUAACAGGACCUCGCUAUGAGCGGGAGCCGAAUGUCCUGAAGAAGAAGCUGGCCUCCGUGGUGCCAGGAACCGUGAAUCUCCAAGUCCUGGGCUCCGGCGCCAAUGGAGCGCCGGCCGCAGUUUAUUUGUUUACGGAUCAGGCGCGGUACUUAUUCAAUUGCGGCGAGGGAACCCAGCGAUUGGCCCACGAGCACAAGACCCGACUCUCCCGCUUGGAACAGAUCUUCCUCACCCAAAACACGUGGGCAUCCGCCGGUGGCUUACCCGGUCUGACACUGACCAUCCAGGAUGCCGGAGUGCGCGACCUGGGGCUCCAUGGACCACCCCAUCUCGGCUCUAUGCUGCAGUCAAUGCGACGCUUUGUGGUCCUGAAGAACCUCCAGGUGCGGCCCAUCGAUUGCUCCGAGGGCGCCUGCUUCGAGGACUCGAUCCUUAAGGUGGACUCCCUGCCGCUGAUUAGCUCAGAAGAUGCAGCGAAAAGUGUGAUCAACUACGUCUGCCAGCUGAAACCCCGUGCUGGCGCUCUGAAUUUGGUCAAGUGUGUGGAGAAGGGUGUGCCGCCAGGACCUCUGCUGGGACAGCUCAAGAACGGAAAGGAUAUCACCCUGCCCGACGGAACUGUCGUGCGAUCUGCCGACGUCACCGAGGCCAGUGAAACUGCUCUCUCCUUCGUGUUUCUGGAUGUUCCUUCCGAGGAUUAUCUACGUGCACUCCUGACACACGGCAAACGGCUCAAGAAGUUGGGCGAAGAGAAGCUCACCGAAGUGGCCCUGGUGGUGCACUUCACGCCUUAUCAAAUGGCUUCUCGGCAGGAGUAUAGGGAUUUCCUAGAGGAUAACUUCUCACCCGGCACCCAGCACAUCCACUUAAGUUCCCCCUUAAACCAAUUCUCUGGCUAUGCGGCUGCCCAUCGCAUCCAACACCAGUUGCACCAGCUGGCCCCGCAGGUAUUCCCGCUGCUGGGCGAGCAGCUUCCGUGCCAGAGUCAGUGCCUCAGCCUGAACUUGAAGAAAACUAAGCUGGAUGAGGCCGAUGCCGACGAAGCGGCGAAUGCUAAGGGUGCCGAGCAAGAGGAACAGGGCGUGGUGGCCAUGACCAGCUUUCACCUGCGGCCGAGAAAGGGUCUGGAUCGCACCCUGGAGUCCAAGCUGACGCCCGAGGAGUACGUCAAGGAGACCCACGCCGUGCCCGGCUUCAUCGAACUCUUGGCCAAAUACAAAGAAGACUAUAGUUUCCCCCACAACUCUGCCAACAGCUACCCAAAGAUUAUUUUCCUGGGCACCGGCUCCUGCAUUCCCAAUAAGACGCGCAACGUUAGCUCUAUUCUGAUAAAGACUGCGAUCGAUGCCUACGUACUGUUGGACUGUGGAGAAGGCACCUACGGCCAGAUUGUGCGUCUUUACGGCCGCGACCAGGGGCAGAAGAUUCUCCGUCAACUGCAGGCGAUUUACGUUUCGCAUUUGCAUGCCGAUCACCACAUCGGACUAAUUGGUUUGCUAAGAGAAAGGAGGCAACUGGAACCGAAGGCUAGCCCGCUAAUAUUGCUGGCCCCUCGCCAAAUCGAUCCUUGGCUGGAAUUUUACAACCGGCAGAUUGAAACGAUAGAGGAUGCCUACACGCUGGUGGCCAACGGCGAACUCCUGGCUACUCCCCUCAUCGGGGAGAAAGUUGAUCCUCUGGGCAUCUCAUCCAUAUCCACCUGCCUGGUAAGGCACUGCCCCAACUCAUUCGGAAUAAGCCUCACACUGGCAGCUAAGUACAAAGACGAACCCGUGAAGAUUACGUACAGCGGCGACACCAUGCCCUGCCAGGAUCUGAUCGAUCUGGGCCGCGACUCCACGGUGCUCAUCCACGAGGCAACCAUGGAGGACGACCUGGAGGAGGAGGCGAGAUUGAAGACGCAUAGCACCGUGUCGCAGGCUAUUCAGCAGGGUCGUAAUAUGGACGCUCGCCACACGAUUCUCACCCACUUUUCGCAGCGUUACGCGAAGUGCCCGCGGUUACCGAGUGACGAAGAUAUGCAACGAGUGGCCAUUGCCUUCGACAAUAUGGAAGUGACCCUUGAGGAUUUGCAGCAUUACCAUAAGCUCUACCCCGCCCUGUUGGCCAUGUACGCCGAAUAUACGGAAGAACUGGAGCAGCGGGCGGUUAAGCGCGAGCUAAAACAGGAGCGAAAGCGCAAGUUGGCAGAAACGUGAUCGAGGAGCAGGUUAAUUUAUUCAAUCAGCUACUGUUAUACUAAUAUUAGGGACGAGUUGUAAAUGUUAAGUUAUGAAGCUAGGCCUUAAACUCAUGAAAUGUACCCAAACGCCUGGAAUAUAUAGGUUUUAUAUAUGUUUUAGUACAGUACAAAACUCUUCAUAUAAACAA